UACUCAACAUCCUCUCCGUCCCCUCCAGGCAUCAACCUCCCCCUGGCGGACCUCUUCGUCACCACCGACAGCGGGAAGGUGCAGGGCUUCUACGUGUACCUGUACGACAAGCCCGGCGUGCGUCCGGCGGAGAGGCCCGUGCAGAAGCCCAUCCAUCAGCAGAGGCACAUCAUGAAUAUCUCGACCUUCUUAGGAAUCCCGUACGCUAGGCCGCCGAUAGAAGAAGGGCGGUUCAAGCCUCCGAGGUAUGUUCAGCACUGGUUUAGCACAUGGCAGGCACUCGACUACCGGCCUGCUUGCCCGCAGAACCUGAAGUACAUAGGUUCUUCGAAUGGCAUCAGGAGCGGGAUUCACGAAGACUGCUUGUACCUCAAUAUAUUUACGCCGUCGAUUUCGAUCGGUGUGACAGACCAGUACCCAGUCAUGUUCUACAUCCACGGCGGCGACCUGGAGCACGGCGCCAGCAACCAGUUCCCGGGACACAUGCUGGCGGGCUGGGGAGAAGUGGUGGUCGUUACGUUCAACUACAGACUGGGUGCACUAGGCUUCUUGAGCACAGGAGACGAAAACUCCCCAGGGAACUAUGGGCUGAUGGACAUGGCCAUGGCGCUGGAGUGGGUCUACAGGAACAUCCGGUUCUUUAACGGAGACCCGCAGAAGAUCACGGUGUUCGGGCCGGGGGCGGGAGGCGCCAUGGCGGGGAUCCUGGCCGUCCUGCCCAAGACUAAGGACUGGGUUCAUCAGGUCCUGGCGGAGAGUGGCUCGCCACUAGCGGACUGGGCAGCAAUUGAUGAUAUUUACAGAGUCCAGAAUACGUCUCGCGUAUAUGGUCUUGAGGUUGGAUGCACAGUAGAAUCGUCGUAUAAACUACUUCAGUGCCUCAACCGUCGCAGCUUUGAAGAACUAGCUUCAGCCCCAAUAAAGCCGGACAUCGGCACGUUCGCGUGGGGCCCGACGGUCGAUGCCAAGUUCCGCGUCCCGGGAGACGACUGGUACGAGGACUGGAAGGAGGAGGACUGGCACAUCCUGCCCGAACUGCCCUUAAAGCUCUACGAGAAAAAUAAUCACCAUUAUGACCUCCGUUAUCUGACGGGUGUUAAUAGGAAUGAAGCGGCGAAUAUGGUUUUCGAGGACAACAGACUCAUCCGCGACCGCUAUGAGGUGACGGAGGACUUCUUCAACGAGCGGGUCAAGGAGUGGGUCAAACACUACAACUACUCACUCAACCCCGAAGGUGCUUAUGAUGCCAUUAAGUGGAUGUACACCUACGGCCCGGAUCCCCACAACACAACCCACAUUCGAGAGCAAUAUGUUGACUUGUUGUCAGAUGCUCUUUACAAAUCUGGCGUCGACCAAAUAGUGAAGGUCCUCGUGAACUCCACAGGGAAGAAGAGUGUUCCUACCUAUUACUAUUUGCUCAAUACAACUGUGGAUGCACUUAAAUUGGAUUAUUGGAGAGAGGUUCCCAACAACAUUGAGUAUUAUUUUGUGUUUGGUGCUCCCUUCAUGGACCCAGAAUUUUUCCCUGAGAGCAUUCGUGUUGCCAGAAAUUUGUGGAGUGAAGGAGACAGAAACAUUUCUGAGUUCAUGAUGAAGACUUUUGUCAACUUCGCCAAAUGGGGCAACCCAACUCAGACUCAAGUACAAAUCUUGAAGGUGAACUGGGAGCCAGUGUUAGAAGGGAACCUCAAGUACCUAAGCAUCAACACCACCUUCAACACGUCCAUGCAUUAUAAUUACCGUCAGACCUACAACACCUUCUGGACCACCUAUAUGCCACAGGUGGUGAGGGAAUGGGUGCCAACUGUUCCUCCACCUAUUAAUCCGUGGAUUCAUAUGACUGAGCCAAUAGUUGCAGCAUUUUAUGGAGCUGCUGCCGUGGCUGUUUUCCUCCUGGUGAUUCUAUUUGUUUGUUGUGGACUGUGGAAAUCUGCAAAGAGACAGAGGAACAAAGCCCUCGAUGAUCUUCAGUAUUAUUCAACGGAGAACCUCAACCCUCAGCAAGAAUCUGAAGAUUAUAAAGUAAGAGAGUACCUCAACAAGCUGGCAAACAACAAUCAUGAUGAAACACCCUCUCGCUCUGUCACUCCUUACACAGUUGCUUCAACUGAUCCCAUCAUCCAAACGGAUCAAAAUAACACAAAGUCCAGAGAUCCUUACCAGCAAGGCUACUACAGAGAUACAAAGACAACUAAGUCUGUUGAUCAGCUUGAGCAGCCUUACCGUCCAGGCUACCAGAACAUGAUGCCUUCAUCAAGGUCUGCAGGCAACAUCAUUGAAAAUUACCAUACCUCUUAUCAUAACCCUGGUGCAGAACUCAACGGGCAUUAUCAGCCUCAGCAACAGCGCUCAGUUACUCCAACCUCAACAAUACACUCGGAGCCUAAUGGAAGGCCAACAACACAAUACAUGAUGACACAGCAGGUGACAAAACCCCCAGAGAAAGAAGUGAGAGCUGUACCUCAGCCGGCAACACGAGUCUCCCGCUCUGUGGCCACAAUUACAUCCACUUCUGGUAUGUUGAACACAGACCUGUGAUUUCAUUAUAAGUUGAAAGUCUUGCCUAGACUAUAACUCCUAAUUUAUGGCAUUGUCUAUGUUUUUGGUGAGUUACUUUCAACUCCCAUUUCAACCAAAAGCUAGUUAUCGGGGUGGAUAUGCACGUGCUGGCAAGUGCACUGAUAAGCUUUCACUGUUUCAUGACUAGUUUACUAUUGUAUAUUGUGUAUUUUUUGUGUAUUGUUGCAUUUCCCCCAAAAUAUAAAACAAUGCUCUACAAAUGUUUCAGCAUUGUGGCCUUUUAAAGUGCCAAAAUUAAUUUGCUGAUUAUGAUAAAAUGUAAAUAACAAAAUGUCUUUCAAGUUAACAUGUUUCAAAUAAGUAUGCUGUGCGCUCUAGAGAUAACCAAAAAUAAAUGUUUCUCCAAGAAUUAAAAGUGCAUUUCAGAUGAAUAAAAAGUUAAUGAUGUCAUUAUCUAAACUUUAUUUCAUAUGUUAUUCAUUUGCUAACAUGCUAUAUUAAAUGUAUUAAGCUGUUCAUGAUGAGUUUGGCAAGGCCAGGGUGCAAUAGUGCACAUCACUACUUGCCUAGGCUACUAAUGUGUUAUCCCAGCUACUGGAAAGUGUGCUGAUGACAUGGUUAGACAUUACCCAGUGUCAUUGAUUUUUUUCCCAUGACAUAGGAUAUCAUCCAUUGUGAACAGGUUAAAGUAUAAGACAAAUCAGAUGGGUAAAUUAUUAAAUUCUUAAAAAUCAUAAACUGAUGUAUGAAAAGGUUAUCAUGUUCAGUCUACUAGAAAAUAGAACUGCCAAUAGAUUUUAUAGAAGAUGACUCAAAUAUGAAUAAUACUAACUCAGACAAAAAUAUUUUAAUGCCACUAUUUGCAUCAGAAUUAUUAGUAUUAUAAUUCUAAUCAGAAUAAGUGUUUUAUAAUCUAAGGUUCACAAUGUAAGCUUUUAAGAAGUGACUCAGCCAAAGCUUUACUUGUUUAAUUGUGUAAAAUGGUGAGUCACACAGGAGGCAAAAAAAGAAAAAAAAAAAGUGAAAAUAUACUUAUUUCUUCAUUUUACACAAUUACUGAAAUUAUAACUCAGCCUGUAAAGAGAUGAAUGAGAAAAUAAACUUGUACAUAUUCAAUUUGAUUUGUUUUGCUUGAUUAGGUUAACUUUAUAAAUGCAUAAUUCUUUUUGCACAUAUCAUUAACAGUACACUUCUUCAGCAUUUACCAUAAAAUGAAGCGAGAAAAGAUGGAAUGAGACAGAUUGAAAAAAAAUCAAUUUCAGGUCAAGUUUAUUUACAUCUUCACUAAUAUAUAUAGCAAACAACUUCAGAGAUAGAAUUCAUAAUUGAUAUCUCAAGCUCCCAUUUAUUUUCCAUCCAUUUUUCAUGAAUGGAGAAUUAUCUUAUAAAUGGUCAUAGCUCAUUUUCCUUUUAUAAAAAAGGAUUUGGGUACAUGAAUCUGAAUGUGUUACUCUUGUAUUGGACUGCAUUGCCUAGUUUACUUCUUAAAUGUUCAUAGGAAUGUAAGGUAGAGUACAAUUAAUCCUUUGACCAUGGCUUAGGAUUCCAUAGCCAUUCCACAAUAAAUGUCUUUGGUAGAAAAAAAAACAAAAAAAAAACAAGUGCAUUUCUGAAUACUGUUGCCUCUUUUCUUAUUCAAUAAGAUGGUAAAGAUUCCAUGUUAGACUCGUUUUUUAUUAUGUCUACUUUUAUAAAUAGAGCAACUGUUCUUACACAUAUGGAAUUUUUCAAAAGCAUAAGGAUGCCUGAAAAUCAAAUUAACUUUCACAAGAAUUAUUUUAUUGUGUAAGAAGAUGCAUUUUGAGUGUGUAUGUCACAAUACUUGACAGCAUCUGUAUUAAUCUUUUUAAGAGCAUUUACAGGAUUUUUCAGGGUAUAUUUCAUAGCAGAGGAACUGAGAUGGCAGCACCUCCUGAGCAGAAUAUGCUGGAGGGCAUAUAGACUCAUUGUCCAGGAACACACAAAAGUAUUUCUAAGGCUGUGGAAUAUUCACUCAAUGCAUCAUGAAUAAUUUUGAAUUAUGACUAUGGUUGCCUAAAAUGGCCAAAGGUUUAAGAAUAGAUAUUAACAAUGCAGAUUUAUUAUAAAGGUGCAAUAAUUCACCCGUAAACAGCAGGUGAUCUCUAUCAAGUUUCUUGACUGCUGGCUAGCCUGUACAAAUCUGAGGAAUGAAGUUUAUGAAUUCUUGGGAGGAUUUUUCUCUUCUAAAUAUGAAAGUUAUCUGUAAAGUAUGAAAUUUAAGAAUUCA